AUGAAAGCUUUAGAUUUGGUUGUCCUUUUAUUGGGUUGUUUCCUUGUGGCAAGCCCACCACUGGCGACGGCAGCUUCGUCCAUCCGCGGAAGAUCUUUGCUGCCACAUCCCCCCCCUCCUCCUCCGCCGCCGCCUAAUCCUCCUAAUCCCAAUCCUCCUAAUCCCAAUCCUCCUAAUCCUCCGAAGCCUCCGAAGCAUCCAAUGAAUCCUCCCCCUCCCCUUCCCAAGGGUUCCAGUGGUGGUGGUUCCAGUGGUAGUGGUGGUUCAAGUGGUGGUGGUUCCAGUGGUGGCAGUGGCGGCAGCGGCGGAUCCAGUGGUGGCAGUUCCAGUGGCGGUAGUUCCAGUGGUGGUGGAUCCUCUGGCGGUGGAUCAUCUGGUGGUGGAUCCUCUUCUUCGUCUGGAGGUGGUGGUGGUGCUAGCGAUAGUCCUGGUCCUGGACCUGCGAUUGCAACGGUCAAGGCGUUGUAUACGUCGGGUUUGUUGUUGGCUCUAGUUGGAUCCGUGGCAGUCGGAGCGCUGGCCUACAUGCUUCUCUUUGCACGGCGGCGUAGAAGGCGAGCACCAAAAACCAUUGACAAAAGUAGUCUCAUCGAUACCAAGGCAGCAUCCAGGCCAUACUUGAAAGAGGCGCCUUCCGAGGUGUAUUCAUCAACGUCCGAUUCGUCUUCAGACGAAGAUUCCUGCACGGAUAUUGAACUAGCUCGCACCAAGUCGUCCUUUGAUGCGCGCAAACCAAUGAUACAAAAUUUGAUGAAAGAUGACAGUCAUUGGAAACCCAUUGGCGGUGGGAUCUACCUGCCCCCAGUCCACGAGAAGGCACCAGUUGUGAUGCCCAAGAAGCCGACCAAGCAGACGACCAAGCAGACGACCAAGCAGACGACCAAGAAAACGACCAAGAAAACGACCAAGAAGACCACCAAGCAGGAGAAUAAGCGACUUCCUAGGAAGUCCCGCCGAGCAGAGGAAAAUCAAGAUGCAGAAGCCCCGUGGAACCCAAUUGGUGGAGGCAUUUAUCUAUCACCGUCCAAAACUACUACUGAGAACAAGACAAACACACAAACACAAUCAGUGAAGACAGACGAGGCUGACAGAGGAACACGUAACGAGGCAUCACUUAAGGAGGAAGAAUCUGACCAAGAAGAACCUAAGAUUCAAACGGAAGAAGAGUGGAAACCCAUUGGCGGGGGCAUUUAUCUAUCUCCCCCGGGUACACUAACUACUGAGAACAAUAGAAACGUAGAGAACCCACCCCACAAUGACAAGGCAGAAGAGGUUCGCAGAGGAAAAUCUGAGGAGGCAAGCCCAUUAGCUAUUGCGACGGAAGAGGAGUCUGAAAAAGAACAAGAUAAGGAGGAGGAUGUGGAACCAGAGAAUCCUACGACGGAAGACCCACCUCAGAGUACCCUCAUUGGUAGUCCGCAGGAGGAUGAGGAUGACAAUGACCACACAACCAAAGAACCACGCAAAGAUGUGGCCUUGGUUGGAGAUCCGGAAUGUAAGGAAACAGACAGUUUAUGUUCCAAAGGAAGCAACUCCAUUGCAUCCACAGCAACCUUCACAGAGGACCUCCAUGAAGUACCUCCACAUACCACUUGUACCGUUUGUUUCAAGGAAGCGUUUGGUGUUAUGAAGGCCUGUCAAUGUGGCAGGAUCGAAUGUAACAAGUACGCACACCUGACUUGUGCCAUGCGAAUCAAUCCAACACUAUCAGUAUCCUAUCCUGGCACUCCACCACCAAUGCUUCCCACUGUACUCUGUUCCGGAGGCCAAACCUACCUCAAGAAAGAGCCGCUCGAAAGUAAAGCGGAACAGGUAUCUUCUCCUUAUACAAGGAAAUGGGAUUACGUUUGA